AUGGCGAUUUUGUUCUUCCAGAACUUGAUGCUCGAAUUCGCACCUGAAGCAAUGUCGUCUACUCCGCAGGAACAAGAAAAAACCCUCAUCGUGAGGGAAUCACCCCCGAAGCUCUUGGCCAUGCUCCACGCCACUCUCAGAACGGUUUCCAACUCCAGCAACAUGGAUUCCUCAGCCGUCAUUGACAGCCUUAAGAAGCACAUGGACCUCGGCCGAUAA